AUGGGCAACAAGCUGAGCUGCUCGUGCGCGCCGCUCGUCCGCAAGGGCUACCGCUACGAGGACACGCCCUGGCAGAACACGCGCCGCAGGGAUGGACACCUGCUGCGGCUGUGGGCCGAGGUGUUCCACGUGAGCGGCCAGGGUGGCGCCGUGAAGUGGCAGCAGGUGUCCGAGGACCUGGUGCCCGUCAACAUUACCUGCGUCCAGGACUCGCCCGACUGCGUCUUCCACAUCACCGCUUACAACUCGCAGGUCGACAAGAUACUCGACGUCAGGCUCGUACAGCCAGGCACCCGGCUCGGCCAGGCGUCCGAGUGCUUUGUCUAUUGGAAGGACUCGCACACCGGGGACACAUGGGGUCUCAACUUCACCUCGCCUCUGGACGCCAAGCAGUUCCGAGAAUGCUGCUCUCCCGCCUUCAAGUUUUCACGAAAAGCGUCUUCAUCCUAUUCGCUAAAGCUAGAACCACCAAAGCAGAAAUCCAAGAACAGCAAGCGAAAGCCCCAGUCGACUCCCAGCUCACCAUCGCGGGGUCGCGCCGAGCUCCAGUGCACCUGCAUGACGGCCGAGAACUUGCACCGGGCGAGAAACGGUCGCGUCCGCUACACGGGCGGAGCGGCCACCCUGCCCCGCGCACAGCAACUGUCCACCAGGCAAGGCCUAGAGCACACCCGAUCUGGUACGAGCAGCAGCCAGGCCUCGGCGCGGGCCACAGCCCGGGCCCAGGCUGUGGCCGCGGCCCUCACCGCGUCCUCGAAGCAGCAGCAACAACAGCAGCAACAGCAGGACGCGGCCUCGAGCAGCACGACGGCCGCGAGUGUACACGGAGCAGCGACGACGUCCAGGGCCACCACAAGCGGCUCGUCGGUUUCCUCGCACCGCCGCAGAGCUGCCGCCGCCGCCUCGGGUUCUCGGAGCGGUGGCGAGUCGAACCGCUUGCGGGACCAGUACGCGUCGCGCAAAGAGCAGGCCAAGAGCGUCGACUACAGCCCGUCCAGCCCGCAGCUGCAGGCGUCCAGCCGCUCCAAGAGCUCGGACAACGUGUUCGAGGAGGCGUCGGGCGGCGGCGCGCGCGGAGACCUGGCCGCGCUGAGCCUCGACUCGAACACGCUCAAACGAAUGCUCGACCCGCUUCCUCCAUCCUCUUCCUCCUCGCCCGACCAGCAGCAGCCGCCGCCGGCACAGCAGCAGCACAUGCACCAGCAACAGCAGCACCGGCGGUCGGUUCCCUCGGUGACACACGGCUCGACGACACCGCGACUCCGCGACCGCGAGCACCGCUCCGAGUCGGGAGGGAGGCGGAGCCUGGAGAGGAGCGUGGGCCUGGACCUGGCCGACGGGUCUCCGCCGUCGGACCACUUCCUGUACGACAACCUGUGCUACGCCACCACGCCGCCCAGCUCGAGCAACGACAGCGGCUCCGAAGAUGGGGAUGCCGCUGCCGGUGUCUCGGGAGGCGCCGUCGCCUCGGGCCUCGCCACCCCGAGGAGGCAGGCUUCGCACGAGGAGUCGCCCACGAGCAAGCUGCUCAUGGAGUACGAGACGCACCUCAGGAACGCGCUGGCGCGCGGGAUGGACGCAGAGAGCUGUAGUCUACACACGUUCGAGGCGCUGCUCACGCAAAGCAUGGAGAACGUCGUGGCCCUGAUGCGUGAAGUUCACGUGGAGCUGGAGGCGAUUCGGAAAGAAGAGCAGGCGCUCAAGACGCAGCCCAGCUUGCACGGGUUCCGGGGACUGCUUGAACAGCGGCUGGCCGCGUCCUCGGGGAGACCCAGCAGCGCGGGCCCGACUCUGAGUGCCGGCGGGUCGCUGUCGUCCAGACGGAGCACGCUGCUGUCGCAGGUCGGCACGGCGUCUUCGCUGAGCGUCGAGAGCAACCACGCCCUCUUUCCGCAGGCGUCGCUGGAGAGCACCGACUCGCGCGUCUACCUCACCUCGUCCGAGCGGCCGCCGGCUGCUGCCGCGGCAGCGGCGGGGCCGCCGUUAGGCCUAAGCGCGUUCGACAUGGUGAUGGCACUGGACGGCCUGACGCGGCUCUGCCCGUCAGUGCUCUUCGACUGGCGUCUGUACGCCGAGCGGGGUUGCCCCUCCUUCUUUCACAAGCAUCGGGGUCGGCUUCGUGUGGACGACUGCGAGCUCGCCUUCCUCAAACAGAUGUCUGACGACGAGCGGCUGUCGCUGACGACGGCAGUGAGCGACGAGGACGAGACGGGCGAGCCGCGAUCGGGCUCCCGCGCCGCCGGCGGUGGCGCGGCAGCGGCGGCCUCCUUCAACUGCACGGGUGCCGUGCGCAAGGCCGGAUUCCUUAGCGUCAAGAAGUGGCUACUGCGCAGGAGACACCAGGUGGAACUGGCUCGGAAGCGCGGCUGGAAAGGCUACUGGGUAUGCCUGAAGGGCACGACGCUACUAUUCUACCCGUGCGACAGCCGCGACGGUCGAGCCAUCGACUCGACGCCUAAGCACCUCAUCAUCGUCGACGGCGCAGUGAUGCAGCCCGUGCCCGAGCACCCCAAGAGGGACUACGUAUUCUGCCUCAGCACGGCGUUUGGCGACGCCUACCUCUUCCAGGCGCCGUGCCAGGUGGAGCUGGAGAACUGGAUCAACAGCAUUCAUUCUGCCUGUGCCGCAGCAUUCGCCAGGCAUCGAGGUCGCACUGGGACGCUACAUCUCCUACAGGAAGAGAUCUUCAGGCUAGAGAAAGAAAUUGAGUCGGACGCGAAGCUGAAGCACAUGGCCGAACUACAGUUGACCGUUGUGGUGGACCAGGAGUCCCGGCAGACUCUGUCGGACCAGAUCGGACAAUGGGAGGAGAACCUGGAGAGGCUACACUGCGAGCAGUUCCGUCUGCGCUGCUACAUGGCCUCCCUGCAGGUCUCCGAACUGCCAAACCCAAAGAACCUUCUAACUCACGUGUCCAAGGCCACCAAGGCGACGCUGAACAAGCUGGGCGUGUUCACCGUCUCCUCGUUCCACGCGUACAUCUGCGCGCGCAGCCCAUCGCUUCUCACAAACCUGCUCUCGGGCCGGGGCGCCACCAAGCGGAGGUCGCGCGCUGCACUUUCCAGGUCCAACAGUUCCAAACUUCUAAGCAUGCCUUCGUCCUCACUACAAAGCAGCCUAGACCUGCCUGCCUUAGGAGAAAAGAGCGUCAAGAUCAACUUGCCAGAUAAUCAAGCCGUAAUAGUAGGAGUUCGGGACAACAUGACCGUCGAAGAAGUGCUCUGGGUGGCCUGCAGCCGAAGGCAGUUGUCGCCCAACGACCACUUCCUACGCUUCCACAGGAGGAAAGACAUGGACGACUGCUACGUGGCGGCGCGAACCGAACUAUUCGACAACUUGACUUUCGAGAGUCUGGAGGUCUGCGCCAAGGUGCUGUACCAAGUGGGGCUUUCCCGGAGUUCCCUAGACCAGCUGUUCGGCUUCAGCGUGGAAGCCGAGCUGGUUGAGAACACAGAUCACCAGGACGAGCUAUGUGUUUACGUAAGCAGGGUGGAGGAAGGCAGCCUGGCACAUCAACAGGGGCUCAUGAAGGGCGACGAGAUCAUGGUGAUCAACGGGGCCAUCGUGAGCGACCUGGACAUGAUGUACAUCGAGUGCGUGCUGCAGGAGGAGCUCUCGCUCUGCAUGAUGAUGCGCUCGUCACGCACCGAGCCGCCGGACUUGGCGAGUGCCAUGCGCACCACGGACGACUACAUCGAAUCCCUGGUCUGCCCGCCGCCGCCCAGCGACAGCGUGCUCAGCGACGAGAUGAUCGGAAAGCUGAUCGUGCCCUCGCCCAUCUGGGGUUCUCAAGAGCGAUCUCCGGACACGUCGGGCCGACCGACGCCGUCGCCGGUGCCACCUCAGGACCAGUCCGGCCUCUCUUGCGACCAGAUAGAAAGCUUGCUCAAGGUCAUCGAGGACUCUUGUAAAAAGACCGCCGAGCAGGUGACCGAGUACUGCCGCGUGCCCGUGGAGCGGAGGCGGUCCAGCUUGGCCAGCGGGCUGCCCGCGGUCGCGGCUGCCCAGCAACCGGCACAGCCACCGCUGGUGGCGGCCGGCGCGGUGCCUGGAGCCGCCUCGGUCGGCCAGGCGAGCAAGCAUAUGUCUGACGUGGAGAGGCUGCGCAAGGUCAUCCUCGAGCUGGUGGACACCGAGAGGACGUACGUCAAGCACAUGAGCGAGCUGGUUGAGUGGUAUGUGGCGGCUUUGCAAAAGCGGAAACCCCCUAGUACUAAUGAAGUGAGCAAGCAUCUGAACAACCUGCUGGAGCACUACCUGGAGCCCAUGAAGAAGGAGACUCUGCUGUCCAACGCCGAGAUCAGCGCACUGUUCGGCAACAUCCAGGAAAUCGUGCAGUUCCAGAGGCAGUUCCUCCAGAGCCUCGAAGAAGCCAUCGCCGCCGAGCCGGACUUCCAUCGGCUGGAGCACCCGAGCCAAUUUAAGAACGUGUUAUUUGCCCUGGGCAACUCCUUCUUGUACUACGCCGACCAAUUCAAGCUUUAUAGUUCCUUCUGUGCCAGUCACUCAAAAGCUCAAAAGGUCUUGCACCCGAGUGAAGGCAACACAGCCCUCUCGGACUUCCUGCAAACGAGGAAUCCCAAGGGGCAGCAUAGUUUCUCCCUCGAGUCAUACCUGAUCAAGCCCAUCCAGCGGAUUCUCAAAUACCCGCUCUUGCUCCAGCAGCUCAAGCACCUCACGGACCCCCUCACCGAGGAACACCACCACCUCGCAGAAGCCCUCAAAGGAAUGGAAAGAGUGGCCGAGCACAUAAACGAGAUGCAGAGGAUCCACGAGGAAUACGGAGCCAUCUUCGAUCACUUGUACCGGCAGCACGUCAAAUCCUCGAAGCAGCAUGUGGACUUGAGCCCUGGUGAGCUGUUGUACUAUGGCGGCGUGGAGUGGCUCAACAUCUCCGAGUUCUUGGGCAAGAUCAAGAAGGGACUGGAGUUGCAUGCCAUGUGCUUUGUGUUCAAGACGGCCGUGGUCUUCCUCUGCAAGGAGCGCAUCAGGCAGAAAAAGAAACUCAUGGGAGGGUCAAGCAAGAACAACUCAGCCGAGGUGGAGAUAAUCCGAUACCAGGUGCUAAUCCCCGUAACCGAGGUCCAGGUUCGAGCCAGCAGCCAAAAGGACGCGGACUCGCACUAUCUCUGGGAGCUGGUGCACCUAAAGUCGCAAAUCCAGCGCCGGUCGGAGAAAGUGUACCAGCUGUCGAACAGCACGAGCGAGUUCCGGAACGCCUUCCUGCGCACCAUCCGGCAGAUCAUCCGGGAGUCCGUGCGCAACAUGACGGUGCCGGCGACAAAGCCGGCCGUGCGCGAGAAGCCCGGCACCCUGCGUCGGCUGGGCGGCAACGAGGGCUCGAGCGCCGCGUCAGCGGCCUCCGCGGGUCCCUCCACGUCGUCCAUGUCGCGCACGCUGAGCGGCAAGAAGCGCAACAAGUCGUCGCAGCGUCACUCUGCGGGCGACGCCAUCGAGACGUACGACAACGUGCCGGACCCGCGGCUGCCGGGACCCAGCAGCUUCCGGGGCACGCGCAGCCGCACCGUGGCCGACUCGAUGAACGGCAUGAGCGUGUCGGCGCGCGAGCUGGCGGCCGCCGCAUCCGAGGAGGACUCCGAGCGCUCGGACCGCUCGGACCGCUCCGAGCCCAAGGCGCCCACGAGCCUGAGCAGCGCGUCCUCCCUGUCGUCGUCGGGCGCCACGGCGCGGCUGAUCCAGUCGAGCCAGCCGCCCAGCUCGUACCAGCCGCCGGCGGCUGAGCAGGCCGGCUCGCCGGUGUGGAAGCCCAGGGCAUCGUCGGCAGACCGCGCGGGCCCCUCGGGACUGAACAGGCCCGACGUGAAGGAGCAGUUCUUUGUGUACGAAGACUACGGUGGCGCCGCCGUCUACCAGCAGCGGUCGAGCCAGCAGCAGCAACAGCAGACGCCUUCAUCUUCCAAGCAGUCCGAGUGCUGACUGGUGCCAAAGUCUAGCGCCGCCAACCGCCGCCGGGCCUUCGGCUCCUGAGCCGGGGAAUGGGGGAGGGUGGCUUUUUGUACAUACACGCAAGCUAUUAUCGUAGGUGAAAGAAAAAAAAACGGCGCUCAAAGCUCAACUUCUCACCACUCGCACGUGGGCCAAGUGUGGCUGGGGACCUCCGAGGCGCCAAUAAGCGAUCCCGCUCCGGUUGAUCUCUCGCGCGCCGUUUUGCCCGGCGCUCUCCUUGUGGACGAAAGACGCGUCUCCUCUCUUAUUCCCGGAUCAGAGUACCUGACUUUUACAUCGGGGGCGAGGGGGAAGAAAAACACAAACGCUUUCUUACACCCCGCAAGAGCAAAACUGCAAAGCAGCUCCAGCAGCAACGCUGCACCACUCUGCAAGCAUACACCGCAAGGAACGAUGCCGCACGGCAGCUCAAUGCAAAGCUGCUCGCGCACUUCUCGUAUGCGAUCUGCUGGCGUUACGUUGUUGCAACUUUCUCCUCUUCAAGAAGUGUACGUGUCAACGCAUCAGGCGCCCUUUCAUCUCUCAGUUGGUCUGUCCUCGCCACACCCAGUUUUGCUCUUCAUCCAACUUUCUUUGUUUGCAUCUGCGCGCACAGUUGGUGCCAGGUCGUUCAGCCAAUAAGAUUCGUUGUGCGGUCACAGCGACGUGCGUUCUCGCUGAUGUCAUCACAAUUCUUCCCCAUGUACAUAAUUGUACUUAACAUCCUUUCUAAACGUGUUAAAGGUAAAAGAACAUCGAAAUGCCCGACACAUUAGCAACCACGACAGAAACUGUUUUUCAAUCGCUCCUUCUUGAUUGCGCAGGACGCCGCUCAAGCAGGCGGGAUUCGCAGUAAAUCUUUAAUAAGACGCAGGAACUUGCACUCACGCUAAAGCUCGAUGUGUCUCUAGUUGCUCGCUCACGAAAAAAAAAUUCCCCUUGUUUUAAUUUUGCUAUCUUUGUUUGUUUGAUUUCGGAGACCAAUUAAGUACGCGAACCUAAGAAAUCAGGGAAGCCUCUUCGAUCACAGAGCCAUCGGGAAUGAAGCAAGGCACAAUUUAAACGCGAGUUUCAAGGGGUGAUAUUGUAUGUCAGAUGCAUGAUUGAGUCGCCUUUCUGCGGCACCAAACAGCGUUUUCACCUGCGAGAAGUAGCUGGAUAUCAAGGUGUAUGAAAUGUCAAGGGUCUUGCAGUCGAAAGUUUUUACCGUAUGGUGUACGAUUGCUCUCGUUGCUCUAUAAUAUGCAUCAUACGGGUGCUCGGGGUGGUUGACCGUGGCUAAAAGGAGUAUACAAGGUCUUGUCAACGUUAGCUCGUGGUUCUCUGCUAUUGGAAGGGAGUAUCACGGUAUCAUAUACAGUCGUUUGUGAUGCUCUACCGUGGUGUAAGGAGGUAAUGAAGGUCUCAUACAUGGUCGCUCGUGAUGAUCUGUGCAAUGUCGAAAGAGGGUAUAGAAGGUGUCAUAAACGGUUCGUCGUGAUCCUCUGCCAACGACAGGGAGUAUAAAAGGUCUCAUACAUGGUCGCUAGCAAUGUCUGCCACCGAGAGAGAGAGUGUGUAAAAGGUGUCAUGCGGUUGCUCGAAAGGCUCUGCCUUGGCUAAAGAGAGUAUAAAAGGUUUCGUACAAAGCCGCUUGCGAUCUUCUGCUAUUAAAGGGGGGUAAAAAGAUAUAUGCAGCUGCUGGCAAUGUUCUGUCAUGUUAGAAGAGAGCUCGAAAGAUCUGGGAUUACUGCCACGUUUUCGAACAAAAAAAGAAAAACUUCGGGGGUUGUUUUUACGUUAAUGGUAUCAAUCUCGACUGCAGGGGACACCCGGGAUUUUCGUGAUGGAAAAAAAAAGCUGGAAUUCUGUCUCAUUUCGAGACAUACUGCAUGCAUUGGUAUUUCUGUAGGCCUCGAUCCUUUUUCACCAAUGCCACUCGUGGGGACUUCAAUGCUUCGGCAGGGUUCUCCGCUGGCGACGCUUCUGACGGUGCUGCAAAACUUUGACCGUAUCUUCAGUCUCGGUGUUGUGGUUCUGUUAACGAUGGUUUCCCUUUCCGAUAACAUUGCCGUCUUCUUGUUUCUCAUUCGCUUUCGCGAAAUGAAUGGCUACAUGACUGGCGAAUGCGACGUUCGUCCAAAUGUGUACAAGAGGGGAUCAGGACGGACUCAAACAGAUCAUCCUUGUAUGCUCUGUAUGUUCCCAUCUUACAAUGGUUCGAUGCAUCCUGUUCGAUUACCAUGACCUGCUCAUACAGUUGGGGGCCUGUUCAAACCACAGGACAGGAGAGCAUCUCUUCGAAAGGAUUAUUUCGAUCUUCGAAACCAUGGCUCCCUUGCAAGAUCUGAUCCUCGUUUGGUCUCAUGCAAAUCAGUUGACGCCAUGUGGUUUCCUUACCCCUUUUCUCCGUCUUUUCUUCGGCAAUAUUUUGAAUUGUCGCGAAACAGUGUGCAAACUACGCUGUAUUUCGUUGGGCGAUGGCCUGAAUGCAAGGACCAUCCGUAUUUUGUAACUCUUCACCGCGUAAAUUUGUCUGAUUCCAGCUCUUAGCGCCUCAUCAGGCGGGGAACGUUGUAUUAUGGUUGUUACGGGGAUGGACGACUCAUCUAAAUUGGCUGUGCCAUUGAUGAUGGUUCCGUGUAUGGUCUCUUGAACACACCAAAAACAGCCAUUGCACUUUUUCUAUCCAUACGUUCGUUUAACUGGCGACCUUCGGGUAAUGGUAGGACUGCAUGUUAUGGAAGCAUCCACAUCCGACUGCACAUUUAAAAAACACACAAAUGGAGCAUAUCAACUGCAAGACCCAUAUGUGGGGGGCCCCAGCAUCGCUGACAAUGUGGAGCGCUUUUGUAGCGUGCAGUGGUUCAAGAUGAAAACAAGAAGCAAAAGUCUGCGAAUUGCCUCUUCUUGUUUGCCUUGGACAGAAGGACGAUGACUCUGACUGUACCCCUGCAUAUAGUGUACACUAAUGUACACUAGUGUACACAAGUGUACACUAGUGUACACUUACCCCUGCACAAGCUGAAAGGGUGGCAAGAUUGCCUUCUGAAGAAAGCUGCGUUCCACUGGAUUUGGCGGCGUAGACCUGCAGAGAUUUUCUGCAACUCUACUCUCCUCCUUAACCCCCAAAAGCCAUCAAAGCGCUCACGCGACGCCAGCUCCGAACGCAGCCUGAAGCAACGUGCGGUGUCGCCUGCUGACGUUAGAAAAAGCUACUCGCUCGAGCAUUUUCCCUUAGGCACUCGAAGAAUUUACUGACGUUAAUUCAACAACAAACCACAACGGAAGGCAUUUGUUUUAGCCAGUGUGUUAACGUUACUAGUCAACAUGGUGGUGUGGAUAACGCUCAUAUAGCAAUCCCGUUAUCCGCAUCGUUUGUGAUUUCAUUAUUUCUUACUUGCCACGGAGUAUACAGACUUCCCUGCCCAUCUCUGUCCCCGCCUCCCCCCAUCUAUCUCUCCCGAAACCCAUCUUAUGCGUACUGCAAGUUGGACUGUGGGUGUUUUGGAGACGAUGUUUGUACAAUAAUGAACUGGAGUCGACACAAAUGCAAAACAAAGAGGGAUUUGCCGGAGGUGUGCAUAAAUAAUGCGAGUUGUGUCGGAACCAUGCUCAAGCUGUUUUUAAGACGUUUUCCCCCGACGACACACAAACACAAGCACACGUACAUCCAUAGAUGAAAUGCAUGAUAGCAUGACCGCUGAACUCUGAUUACUAUAUGAAAUGCAUGAAUGUCAUCACAUCUUCUCAUGGCACAUCGUUCCCUUGUCUUGACACUUGUUUCGACGCAAAAACGUUCUCCAAAUGUCGUACGGAGGACACUCCAGGUGGAGAGAUUAAAAAAAAAACAUUAAAUGGUAUGGUAAGACUUUUUAUUCCAUAGAUCCAGAGUGUGUUAAAAAAAAGAUGUGUACUUUUAGACCUGUGCUACACUGUCUUCAAAAUGACUUGAAUCUUUCCGCUAGCCUUCGAUAUAUUGCAUUUGGUGCUGUGUAUAAAUGAAAACGCCAGUGUCGUCUCCUCUUCGCUUUGUGUUUUCGCUUCAGUUGUUCGCCCCCUUAGAGGUGUGCGUGACGAUGUCAAUAGUGGACGUCACGCCAAGCUAACCAACCCCCAAAGAGCAUUUCUUCUUCGUGCCACGUUGGCUCGUUUCUUUCGCCAAAGUACUCUGUCUGAUGUGUUGUUGCCCGUAGGUGUUCUAGCCUAGUAUGAAUAAAGUACAGCCCAUCCGAACGACGAAAAAAAAAGUCUGUAUGACAGGUUCACGAAAAAAAAAUUGCAGGUCUAAAUAAACACAUGAUGUAAACACAAAUAACACGCCAAGCAGACACGUUGUUCGAGAGUCUAUGGUAUAUAAUUAUGUAUAUUAUAAUACAAAUCACGAAAUAUCUAGCGGAUAUGACGUCUAGGCCGAAUAUAGCGACGGAAGGAGGCUAACAUGUUCGAGAAGCUCACUUCAUUUGAUGUAUUUAUUGCGAUAGAAACUCUUUUAAACGGCCUCUACAAACUAGCCAUACUACGACGAGGUAAGCGGCUGGAGUCGCGGCGCUCUCCUGCAGAGUUGGCCGCAACAUUAGCAAAGGUGUUUUAGGGGAGUAUAUUGACGCCCUGGAAGGUGAUGGGGAGUAUUUUCAAAGUGACCGGGAAGGUGUCCUGUACAGGAAUGAUGGUUUCGGAGUGGGCGUUGUUGGUGCCGCGAGGAGGAGGAUGAAAACUAUGAGCUUCUUUUAGAAUGUGAGUCGUCGGUUGCGGCUCAUACGUGUAGUGUCGUUCUUUCUUUCUAUAUCUAUUUCUUGUUUUUUUAUUCUUUAUUUCUUUUCUGGUAGUGGGCAGGAGAAAAAAAAAAGUAUAGCUCUACACUUAUAUUGUACACUUAAACGUGCGAAGAAAACAUAUUUGACUGUGUGCUGCUUGCGUGUGCAUGUUGCCGACGAAUGUGUGUACGUGUGUAUGUGUGUUUCUGUUACAAGCGAGUUUGAAGGCAUACUGUACACAAAUUUUUGUUUAUCAUAUUUCAUUUUUUCUUCGCUCAGUCCUUAUCAGGUGAGCAACAAAGAUCAACCCACUUCUCCUUUUACUGGGUCGCGUGGUCAUUAGAAUCACGUACUGGAUGACAUCUCCCUUUUUGAGGGUGAAGUGUUUCGUUUUCUUUCGUCGUGGUCUGUAUACCCGGUCUCGAUGGGUGUUAGGGAAGACAAUACUUCAGCCUGUGCAGCUUCGCACUCGUGGCCUCUAGGGAUUGCGCGUACUAAGAUGAGAGAAAAAAAAAAAGAGCUUAGUCAAACACUGUACAUUUGAGUUUGUCGACUUGAAAUGUUGAGAAGUAUUUAUUACGAUUUGUUGCUUGUUGCUAUGUGUUCUGUGUUGUUUGUCGCCGUUUGCAGUUACAUCCACCACUUAUUUAUUGCAUUAUUGCUUUGCUAUCCAUGAAAAGAAAACGUACAGUUUCUCUCAUGACCUGAUCCUGAUUUGUGCACGAAGUGGGCUGAAACGUAACGUAAAUGGAAUGUGUUUCUCAGAGCUCCCAUUCUGCGCUCAGCUUUAAGUGAAACAAGCGCAACGGAGUAAAAAAGAAGUGAAACGUACGUGUUACUCCGUGAAGUGUCGAUUAGUAGAGUGCAGUGGUACUUGCGUUAAAGGCGAAAGUUACGUGUAUAUAUGUACUUUAACCGUUUAUGUACAGGUUAAUCUCUUUAACGCUUACGCCGUUUAGUGUGGAUUCUCUCACCCCUACAAGGCGUUUUUUUUUCCUUACUGCAUAUCGAAUAAUACAAAUAUAUACCGAUUGGCGCUUAUUGUUGCUAUGAUGAUAUUUCCGCAAUUAUUUUUUUUACCCGAGUGGCUUCUUCUCGCCAGUCGUUUAUUUAUUUUUAUUUUUCCUAUAUCGGCGUGACUUUAUUUGGAGGUGCAAAGGCGUGGAAUGCACUCAAAUAACAAAGGGUAUUUCGACAGCACCACUACAGGGGUGUAGCAGCUCUUUCGGUGUUCUAACUCCUUUUUAAGGACUUAUUUCACACCAAGAAAGGGAGUCCUAGGAUGUAAACUUGCCGAAAGAGGAGUCGGCGUAGGUUUAAAAACUACUGCUUAGAAGUGCUAGAAGGAAGGUCGCCUUGUCAUGCCGUGAAGUUAACAAUGCUGGAGUAAAAACGGCCCCGGCUGGAGUGUAUAGCUAGAUAGGGUAACUUUUAGACUGUUGGCGCUCUCACGGGAGAGGGGGGGGGGGGGUUGCAGUGGUGCACCGAGGUGAAACUAACUUGGAGGAGAAAAGACGUAACGUGCCAACGCUGUGUAGCCUGAAGGCGCGCGUAGCUUGGGGGUGUUUCUUUCGCUACUUAAUCGAUGGACAACGGUGCCUCAAGGCCUGUCGUUCGCACCGGCAGAAAACGCACUUAGCGUGCGCUCCAGUCGAGCAGGGAAGCUCGCCUAACAGGGUUUUUUUCGACAGCAGAUCAAAUGGAGCCAAAAGAAUCGGACCACACGGCCGCUUCGAAGAAUCUUUCUUUUAUUUCGUCCUUUUCUCCUUAUCUUGGAGAUGUUUUACCGAGAAGUGUACGCAGUGCGCUUAGUUGAGCAGUGUUUAUUCGACCAUUACAACUAUAUAUAGGCAAGCUUACUACAUGGUUUUAGAUACUGGUCAGCAGCGUGAGUGUUUACAAAUGAAAUACUUUACUCCACUUAUAGCGACCAUACUUCGUUCUUUUACGGAGCGACAAGGGGCCGAGGCCAGUACGGGAUUACGACUCUGCGUUUACUAUAGUGUGCCACGUGAUUUUGACUGUGGUACAAAUGUGCGGAGAAACUAAUGAGUGAUACAGUAACGUUCCGUGACAGCCUGCGCACGCUGUCCUUACGAUACGACGCAACGCUCUCGUUUAUUUUGUUGCUUUUUGUGUGCGCACGCAGUACGUGAUCCAAAAUUUUCAGGAAUAUCAUUCAAGUACGAUAACGCCCUCCGUUCACCCGCAAGCUGUCUCAAAAGCGGCGCAGCGCUGUUAGUGCGGCCUGCGGGAGUCGGUCAACGUUUGAUGGCUGAAAAUAUGGCUUGAAAUGAAUUUAAUUGUGUAAUAACUUUGUACGAAAACGUGUGUACGCUGGCGUCGACGGGAACCGGCGAGCUGUUUUCACUGCAGCUUGCACUACGAGAACCUGAGCUCACCUGUCGGAGUUCACGCCGGUUUGCGAGACUGGGCAUCGCGCGUCGUCUGUGUGUUUCAAUUCUUCGGAGCGUAGCCCCCUUUUUUACCCCUUAUUUUCUCUAGAUAUACGGACGCGCUGCUUGUGCUUGUGUGUUAAGCUCGUGUUCACGACUGGCGUGGAUCGCCAGGACAACAAACACGUGGGUGGGCCGUACCACUCGUCGCAGACGCCACAAAUUGAUACGCGGUGACCACGUGGUAUACCACCGGUACUCUGUGUAAAACACUGUUAGGGUCAAAUUUUUUCUUUGACAAUGAGUGAAAUAAAAGGGAAAUAUUAACCACGCUGA